UAAAAUAUUACAAUAUUUUUUUACCUUAAAUAAUUUAGCUAAAUGUCGCUAAUAAUUAGCGAAAGAGUGGAUUAUCAAAGGAUUUCAAGCAUCAUUUUUCUGAACUAGGUUUUAACAUGCUGUAUGCAUGGUUAUCAUGCUAAAUUCGUUCGUAAGUGAAUGUACAAAGCAGAAUUAUUCAUUGAAGGGAAUCAAGGCCAAAUUUGUAUUUGCUUUUCCUGAGUCCCACGACUCUAGCUCGGACUUGUCAUUAGAUGUUGCUGCGAGGGAAACAAGCAUAAUUCACGUCGAGGCUCCAGAAUUAGGGUUAAAUUCUAACUAUACUGUCCAGAAAGGUACGAGAACUUUUUCUCUAAAUAACCGAAUUGAACUGAGAGGUUCAGGAAUUUGGAAAAAGGGUAUACAUAUAAUCAGUGAUAGAGAUAUUAGAAUAUAUGCAACCUCCCAAAACAAACUAGCUUCCUCAGACGGUUUUCUGGUACUGCCUUACACUUCGUUAUCAACAAGUUACUUUGUGGCAUCGUAUACACCUUUACAAUCGAGUGAGUUUGCCAUAGCUGCUGCAUACGAUUCAACGUCAGUCACUAUAACCUUUAGAAUACCAUCAGGAGUUGUGACAUUUCUUGGAAGACACUACUCAAAUGGUCAAAAAACUACCAUAACCCUACACAAAUUAGAUGUCGCACACAUACAGCACGUUCACGAUUUAACUGGAACGUACGUAGAGAGUGAUAAACCCAUUUCUGUUGUAUCAGGAAAUAAAUGUGCUGAUGUUCCGAAAUCAGUUACAGCAUGUGAUGUUUUACUAGAGUUUAUGCCGUCACUUUCAACAUGGGGUACCAAGUAUAUAACCGCUGCUUUUAAAACACGUCUUCACAACCGUGUACGUGUAAUAUCAGGAAGUGACGGUAACACUGUAAAACUUGGACAUUUAAAAGUCAUUACUUUAAACAGAGGUCAAUUUUAUGAGCAAACCUUUACACAAGACGAUGCUGUACUUAUUGACUGUUCCAACCUUUGUCUUCUUGUGCAGUACGCAGAAGGAACUUCCGCCGAUAGUCAAACAGGUGAUCCAUCAAUGACUAUUGUACCUUCCCUAGACCAUUUUGACAACGACUUCUAUUUUAAGACACCGGAUGUCGUCAACAACUACCUAACGAUUGUAAUACACAGCUCUGAUGUGACAGGAUUACGCCUGGAUGGUAGAUUAUUGAGUGGAGAAGAGAAGACAGUCCUGGUAACAGAUCAAGGAAAAUCAGAACGUUACAGUGUAGUUCGAGUUCACAUAUCACAGUCUUCACAUCACCUUUACCACAUAUCAGAUGUUUCAUUCGGUGCUAUUCUGUAUGGAUUUGCCAAUUAUGAGUCAUAUGCGUAUCCUCUUGGAAUAAGCUUUAUAGGUAAGACAAUCUUAUGCUCACGUUAAUUGCAAAAGCAUGUUAGUGAGAAAAAGAAACUACGCUACCGUUUAAAUGACUUUGUGUUGGUCGUCGGUAAUAGAAAACCUUAACUGACAACUUCAACUUUAUGAUUUUAAAAUUCUGCCUGAUGCCAUAUU